AUGUAUUGUUGCGUUUUGAGUCCACGGCCCAUUCACUUUCACUGUUGCGCAACCGUUGCAGCCCACCCUCACCUGCCGCAUCCGCCCAGGCAGCUACAAAGUCUUACCUUCAAGUGUACCUCCCAUUUCAUUGACACUGCUUCCUACACUGCUCCUCGACACCUUUCUUACACAACAUCUUCCUUCAACCGCACUGCAUUCCUCUCUUCAGUCAACAUGGGUAAAGCCACCGACUCUCCUGCUGGCGGUCAAAAGACAAUUCCAGCAGAUUGCGUGUCUGUCCUCCUCAUGGCACUGGGCUGUACGGGUAUCACCAAGGCUCAACUUGAGAUGAUGUCUGCUCUUGAUGGCACUCGCACUGCUAACAGCUUCGAGCACCAAUUUCGCUCCAUCAUGUCUAAAGCUAGAGAGCUGAAGAAGCGUGUUGAAGACGGCGAGAAGUUCACACCCGUUCAGCCAGGCACCAAGCGAGGAGGAACAACCACACCAGCAACUUCCAAGAAGCGCAAGGGCGACGACGCUGAUGACACACCAACGAAGAAGCCAAAGGUGGCACCCAAGCCCCGAGGCAAGAAGGCUCAGGCUCAAGCUCAGGCAGAGCAUCUGCCCACGCCCCAGGCCGAAGACGACGAUGACUUGCCGGAGGACAUGGAGGAUUUCAUCAAGGCGGAGAAGCAGUGGGAAGACGAGCACGUUGUCUGA